AUGGGCGCGACGAAAAUGCUAGUGCCGGGAAUUCUCGCGAUUUCUAUCUACUUGCUGGUUCUAGAGUUUCGGAUCUGGGAGGUAGCCAAAGGAAUUUGUUACUUCUCCUCCUCGAGAGCUUCUCGCGAUAGAGAAUCGCUGCAUGGAUUGCUGCCCAUCCGGGAGAACGAUCGAUGCCAGAGCCGGCUCCAGCGGCACCUAUACUACCGUGCAGCCGCAAUCGAUCGCAACAUCCCAUCUACAAACCUCGAGAGAAGACUGCGCUCGUACGAAGAUCUCCACGCGCGCUGCGCUCCAGAUCAUCCCCAAUCCUGGGAUCGCCGCGGGAAUCUCACGACCGGCGAGUGCAAAUUCGUGGUGUGGAUCAACUUCAGCGGCCUUGGCAACAAGAUGGUGUCCAUCGCCGCCACUUUCCUCUACGCGCUCCUCACGGACAGGGUGCUCCUCAUCGAUCCCGGCGAGGACAUGGCAAAUCUCUUCUGCGAGCCAUUCCCUCGUAGCUCCUGGCUAGUCUCUCGGGAGAUCCUCAACAAAUUCGCGCUCGGCGAUCCCAAGCCCAAGUUCGAUCAUCGCUUCUGCGCCGACGAUCUCGAUCGGGUGCUCGGCAGCCACCUCUCCAUCGACAUCAUCAGCGAGACAAGCCUGGGCGAGAAUUUCUUCUGCGAGCGGCAGCAGCGCGCGCUGGGCGAUCGAGUGGCGUGGCUGUCCAUCCGGAGUAGCCAGUACUACGCUCCCAGCUUGUACGCGGUGCCGCAAUUCAAGGCCGAGCUCGAUCGUCUCUUCCCGGCGGAGCAAGAGACCGUCGUGUUCCACCACCUUGGGCGAUACUUGUUCUCUCCAUCCAACUCCGUGUGGCAUCAAGCUUCUAGAUUCUACAAAGCCUCCAUGGCGGACUCGACCAAGCUGAUCGGGAUCCAGAUGCGCCAGCUCGCGCCCAAUCUGGGCCUGCGACCGCACUCGCAAUCCAGCUUCGCCCAAGCGAUGAUCCAGUGCCUCCUCCAAAACAGCCUCUUUGAUCUCCCGUCGAACAGAUCCAGAUCGAAGACCACGGCGCUCGUGACAUCGCUGGAUCGGUUCUUCUUCCAGAGGCUACGAGAUUUCUCCCUGGAAUCGGAUGGAGUCGUGAGAGUUCUCUCCCCGAGCCACGAAGAAUCGCAGAGGACCGACAACUUGGAGCACGACGAGAAGGCGCUGGCGGAGAUGGUACUGCUCUCAAUGUGUGACGAGCUCGUCACGAGCCCCGGAUCCACGUUUGGGUACGUCGCCCAGGGCCUGGCCGGGAUCAAACCGUGGCUCCUCCUCGCUGACAAUGACGAUCGCAGCGCCACGGCCAAUUGCUCCAGGCUGAUUUCCAUGGAUCCCUGCUUCCACGCCGCGGCGCCGUACGGAUGCGAUUGCAAGCGCCGAAGCGAUCCAAGAUUCGAGCCCAAUGUACGCAAUUGCCAAGACGUACCGACUGGGAUCCAGUUGAUAGGAUCGAAAGAAUGGCGCUCCCCAAUAGAAGCAAGCAUUUUGGACCAAGCUCAUGCAGGACAAGUUCGUGACUUGGAUUACAAUCCAAAAUGGCAGCACACAAUAGUAUGCUUGUUCAUCUCUCGUCUCGGUUUCAAUGCCUGUUGGAAUUUUCAGGACAUUACGAGUGCAAUACAACCAUCUAUACGAAGGACUGAUUCUCGCAAGCUUUUGUUGUCACUCCUGGAUGUGCAACUUAUUGAAGAGCGCAGGCAUCGCUUGGAGUGCAAGAGAUCUCUAUCAUACGAUGGGAAUGUAUGUCUUUUACUGGUAGAAAACCCUUCUUUGUCUCCUUCAGGUAUACAUCGAUUACGUGACUCAAGCAGUUCGCAAGAAGCUGACCAGAAAAUAGCCUCGCGUCAGUAUGGUACCAUCAACAUGUUCAAACCAAACAAGCAACAAGCUCUUCUAUUUUACUUUCCAUUGCAUGCGUUCUGGGUGGUAAGGCCUGUCCCUCGGAAGCACGUACUCGCAGCAGAGGAUGAGAAGCAUUAUUUCGACAAAAACCAGAAGAAGCAACUUAAAGCUAUUACCCAUGGCAUCAAUGGCUUGGACCAGACCAUGAUCGUACGCGCCCAGUUGUCGAGAUGA